AUGGGUUUGAUUGCAAAGGAUCUUUAUCUCCAAGCGUCAGCCAAACCCAGACCCCACAGUGAUGAAUAUUCAAAGAAGAUCCCUCCUCCCAAACCCAAACGGAACCCCAACACUCAGCUGAGCACAUCUUUCGAUGAAACGUACAUCAAGAAGCACGGGCCGCGGAGGACGUCGCUCCCGCGGGACCCCUCUCUGUCCCUGGUGAGCAGCCCGGCGGGGGACCCUGAGGAGGAGGAGCCCGUGUACAUCGAGAUGGUGGGCAACAUUCUCAGAGACUUCAGGAAGGAGGAUGAUGACCAGAGCGAGGCCGUCUAUGAGGAGAUGAAAUACCCCAUCUUUGACGACUUGGGCCAAGAUUCGAAAUGUGACCUUGACCAUCACAGUUGCUCUUCGCAGUGUGCUACUCCCACGGUGCCUGAAUCGGACUUCGCCAAGUCCUCAGUGCCAUGUACUCCAAAGGGUUUGCUUUGUGACAUACCCCCGCCCUUCCCCAACCUGCUUUCUCACCGACCCCCGCUGCUGGUGUUCCCCCCCGCGCCAGUGCAAUGCUCCCCCAAUUCCGACGAGUCUCCGCUCACCCCGCUGGAGGUCACCAAGCUGCCCGUGUUGGAAAACGUGUCUUACAUGAAGCAGCAGGCCGGCGCGUCUCCGUCCUCACUGCCCUCUCACGCCUCCGGCCACCCCAAGCUGGACAAAGAGCAGGCCGCGGCCCUGGGCCCCAGCCCUGCCGCCGCCGCCUCCGCGCUGUCCUCGUCCCCGCCCCCGCCGUCCACCCUGUACCGCACGCAGUCCCCCCACGGCUACCCGAAGAGCCACUCGGCCUCCCCAUCGCCGGUCAGCAUGGGGAGGUCCCUGACCCCGCUCAGCCUCAAGCGGCCCCCGCCCUACGACGCCGUGCAUUCAGGCAGCCUCUCUAGGAGCUCUCCAUCAGUGCCUCCUCAUUCGACCAGCAGGCCGGUGUCGCAGGAUGGGGCCAAGAUGGCCAACGCCUCAGUGAACACCUACGGCCCGGCUCCGGGUGCCUCCCGGUCCAGGACCCCCACGAGUCCCUUGGAAGAACUAACCAGCCUCUUUACCUCUGGACGAAGCCUGCUGAGGAAGUCGUCCAGCGGCCGCCGUUCUAAAGACCCCACACAAAAAUCGACAGAGGAACUGAAAAUCCGAAGCCACAGCACGGAGCCAUUACCAAAGUUGGACAGCAAAGAGAGAGGGCAUCACGGGGCGUCUUCCAGAGAGCCUAUCAAAGCUCAGGAAUGGGAUGGAACACCAGGACCGCCUGUGGUCACCAGUAGACUGGGAAGAUGCUCUGUGAGCCCCACCUUGUUAGCAGGAAACCACAGCUCAGGUAAGAACGAUAAUGAUCUUUCAGGUGCAAUUAUCACUUAA